ACACUGACAAAAGUUGGAGCGCCAUGGGACUUGUCGAGUCGCAGGACGGUCAGUGACCAAGUUCAAGCUAAACUCAGAGAGCGCCUAACGGGGUGCGGCUUUCCGGGCCUUCUUAGUGAUUCACGAUACAAGGAUUAUUUACCUAAAAUCUGUAUUCUGUUACAAGAUGUAUAG